GGACUAACAAACAAAUUUUUGAUUUAAUCAAGGCAGUCUUGCUUAAAAUAGUUCCAAUUCAAAAAGGUUGCCAUUAAUGAAGUUUAGCCGUCAAGGGUUUGGCCCAAGUGCUUGAGUUAAAGUGCGUGUGUGUGUGUGUGUUUUUGCUGUGCGUAUACGUUUGCUGCCGAUUUUGUUUGCGAUUCAAUUAUUGGGUACAAUGAGAAACAAAAACAGGAAGAGCGACACUGAAAAUCAAUAAUUAAAGCUAGUUGAAGAGACGAAACAAGCCGAAGACGACGGAAUUCUCAGGUAUUAGGACCAUGAACGGCUACAACCGCAAGACUCCACAAAAGCGUCGCUAUGAGAUGCCAAAAUAUGCCGCAGUACCAAUUAAGAAGGCGCGAACGAGCAAAGAGCGCGUACCACAGCCUAAAAAUACAGUCGCAAUGCUAAAUGAGCUGCGGCAUGGGCUAAUAUAUAAAUUAGAGUCACAGACUGGUCCGGUGCAUGCGCCUUUAUUUACAAUAUCUGUGGAGGUUGAUGGCCAAAAGUACAUGGGGCAGGGACGCAGUAAAAAGGUUGCACGCAUUGAGGCGGCGGCUACAGCCUUACGCAGCUUUAUACAAUUUAAGGACGGUGCAGUGCUCACACCACUGAAGACCACCAGCAAUUUGGACUUUACCAGUGACGAGCAUCUUGAAAAUGGUAUUGAAAACAUAAGCAAUGCUGAAUUAGUCAUGCUGAUUAAGAUGUUGAUGUUGACUGAAUAUAAACCCAAUCUUACCUCGCUUGAACAACCCACGUUGCGCCCACAAAUCUUUUGCAUGAGUCACAAUGUCAACAAGAAUGCGGUAACCGUCGAUGGACAGAAGAAAGUGCCGGACAAAGGGCCAGUUAUGUUGCUAUAUGAGCUCUUCAACGAUGUUAACUUUGAGUGCAUUAACAUUGAUGGCGCUCAAAACAAUUGCCGCUUUAAAAUGACAGUAACAAUAAACGAGAAGAAAUUCGAUGGAACUGGUCCCUCAAAGAAAUUAGCCAAAAAUGCCGCAGCCAAAGCAGCGCUGGCAUCAUUGUGCAAUAUAUCGUAUAGUCCAAUGAUGGCGCCACAGAAGAACGCACCGCUGCCAAUAGAUGAUAAGUCUUCGUCCAUGGAGCUGCCACAGAUACAUGCGGACACCAUUGGGCGACUGGUGCUGGAGAAGUUCAUGGAGGUGAUCAAGGGCCAGGAGGCGUACUCACGCCGCAAAGUGCUCGCCGGCAUUGUAAUGACAGAGAAUAUGAAUUUUUGUGAAGCCAAAGUUAUUUCCGUUUCCACGGGCACCAAGUGCGUCAGCGGUGAGCACAUGAGUGUGAACGGUGCGGUGCUGAAUGAUUCGCAUGCGGAAAUAGUCUCGAGGCGUUGCCUACUUAAGUAUUUGUAUUCGCAAUUGGAUCUCCAGUGUAAUCAGGCAACAGCAUAUCAGUCGAUUUUCGUGAGGAAUACAGACGGGCAAUACCCUUAUAAACUAAAAUCCGGGGUACAUUUCCAUUUGUAUAUAAAUACAGCACCAUGUGGGGAUGCACGGAUAUUUAGUCCUCACGAAAACGACACUGGUGUUGAUAAGCAUCCCAAUAGAAAAGCACGCGGGCAAUUGCGUACGAAGAUCGAAUCAGGCGAGGGCACCAUUCCAGUCAAAAGCAGCGACGGCAUACAAACCUGGGAUGGAGUACUGCAGGGCCAGCGACUGCUUACCAUGAGCUGUUCGGAUAAAAUAGCGCGCUGGAACAUUGUGGGCAUACAGGGCUCGCUGCUGUCUUCCAUUAUAGAGCCUGUGUAUUUGCACUCCAUUGUGCUGGGCAGUCUGCUGCAUCCGGAGCACAUGUAUCGAGCUGUGUGCGGACGCAUUGAGAAGGCAAUACAGGGACUGCCGCCGCCGUAUCAUUUGAAUAAGCCGCGACUGGCGCUGGUCACUUCAGCCGAGCCGCGCAAUCAAGCCAAAGCACCAAAUUUCGGCAUUAACUGGACCAUUGGUGACACCGAACUGGAGGUGGUCAAUUCGCUAACGGGACGCACCAUAGGCGGACAGGUGUCGCGCAUAACGAAACAAGCGUUCUUUGAGAAAUAUGGUUUUCUAAUGAAAAACUUGCCCUGCCUAACGAAUCGCUGUGUGUCCAAGGAUUAUGGCGAAACAAAGGCAGAGGUCAAGGACUAUCAGACCGCUAAGUCAGAGCUGUUCUCAGCAUUCAAACGUGAAGAUCUUGGCAGUUGGCUUAAGAAACCGAUUGAACAAGAUCAAUUCGGACUUGUGCUUGAAUGACUACAUUCAAAGCUUGAAACGUCAGCCAGACACAUGUAUACACACAUACAUGUUUAAAAUUUAAAUAAACAAAACAAAACAAAACAAACAACAAAAAGACAGCAGCAACGGCAAGCAAUUAAUACAUUUAGAAGUUAUAGCUUUAAACUUUAAUAACAUAAACCUAACAACAAAAUGAUAAACUGGCAAAGUAGACUGCAAUUUAUGUUCGGCACAAUCAAAUUAUAAAACCCAUAUAAUAAUUAUAAAACUGAGCAUCGGAACAACAACGACAACAGCGAGAUAAACAACAACAACAACAAACAAACAAACAAACAUUGGCUUAAUCGUAGAUAAUGUAACAAUUAUGAGAUUUUUUCAGUAGCAACUAUUUUUAAACAAAACGAACAACGGCUAGAGUGUAGUUUAUAUGCUGGAACUAAGUAUUAUACAGUUUUGUUUUUUAACUUAUUUCUCAAAUAUUGCAUGCAGUUUGGGCCUGGCUAAUGGAACACUAACUUUUCGCAAUAUUUAUAUAUGCUCUAGUCAAAGUCAAAGUCUUGUAUAUGAACUUGUCAAUUAGCAGCGAUUGACUUGCACUCACACACACACACAGAUACUUCCAAGUGUCUACCUCCAGUUUCCAAUAAACAAAUUAGCUAUAUUUAAUCAAAUUAAAUAAGCUUCGAAAGCGCAACUUCAUUAGCCACGCCCACACUUUAAUGCUAAUAAUUUACUAUUCUUGUCAUUAGGCGCAAGCGAGCGCUGUAUUAAAUAUUUUUAAUACAAUAAUGCGUUGCUACUAUAAGCAAACAUUUUUGAUUAUUUACAACCCCAAACAACUACAAAAAAGUAUAAGCAAUUAGUACUUUGCUAUAGCUCUUGGAUCCAGGUUGAACAAAAAACGUAAUAGUUCUCAUUUUAAACAAUUAAUAUUACUAUCUGAUAGUAGCAUAGGAUGCGCAACAUCUUUUUGCAUAGUGAUUUACUAAAGUUACUAAUUAUCAACUUUUUCACUACCCGAAAUUUCCAAAAAAAAAAAAAAACAAAAACACAAAAAAAACUGAAAUUAGUUUUUCUUUUAUUCCCACAGUUAUAUGAAACGGUGUGUGUGUAAUAAAUUAUAAAAAAACGAUGUACAAGUAUUUUAAAUAAUUUUUAUAUUCAUUCAUGCCAUGCGCCGUCAAUCGAACAAACAUUAUUUAUGCUUAUUAUUUAUAAUUAUAAUUUGUUUGCCAAUUCACCUCAUGGGCUCAACGUUUGACAGUUGGCCUUAUACAUAAAAACAUGCAUAAUUAUUAAGUUUUUAAUGUUUAAUUAGACGUAUUAUUUAUAUUUAUUUCAAUUGUUUUCAUUUGUUUUCAUUUUAAGUUACGCAGUUUGAAUAAAAUACCAACAAGACAUAAGUUAUACAAUUUUAAUUUAAAUGCUGUUCCAUUGCCAAUGGUGGAGCCCCCGAAUUAACGAACAAAUUAAAUACAAAACGGACAUGUGCCUUUUUAUACUAAAAAAAAAAAAAAGAAAUGAAAGUAAAAACACUUUAAAGAAUGUUCCCAACAGUUUAUAAUUUUUAACUUCGCGCGUCUGUGUAUGUGUGUGUAUAAUACAUAUGCGUAUGUAUAAGAUUAAUUAAAUUUCAGGUAUAUAUGUUAUAUGCAAGUGCUAGGCUUAAAUACGGGGAAAGUUCAAGCGCGCGCGCGCGUGUGUGUGUGCUUACUGUACAGUAGUAAGCACUUAGCGCAGACCAGGCCCAUAUUUAAUUUGUUUAAAGCAUGCGCAUAACCUUAAAAUAGUAACAAUAAGACAUAAAAGUGCUUCUGCCGCCCUGUCUUCAUCAACAAGUAACAGUAAUAGUAAAUAAAUUAAUUAACAUUAAGUAUAUGCUCUCUAGCAUACUUUUUUACAUAGUAAUUAAUUAAAAGAAAUCUUCCAGUUUGAAUUUACUACAAGCAUUACAAAUAUGUAGUACAUUUUUCUCUCUUACACACACACACACACACACACACACACAAAAUUGUUCACAUGUAUUUAAUUUUUUCAACAACAAAUUGUAACCAGUAGCUGCUUCUUUCUUAAACAAAACUUUCGAAUUAUAUAGUACACGACUAAACGAACUAUAUGUAAAACAAUUGAUUGAUACCUAAAUAUUUGCGUACAUACAUACACAUACUAGUACACUUGUAAAUGAAUUGAUAUCGUUUUGAAUUACUAAUUAAUUAGUUUAGCAUGGAAGCCCUCAAUACAAACUUUGUCUUUGCUAUUAAUAUUUACUACUAAAUUAAGUCAUACAAUUAGUUUUAUGCGUUUUUCCAAACAGUAGUUUUUUUUUAU